GGCCCUCAACAUGGCCCAGCGCCCCAGCUGCUGCUCUAUCUGGGCCCAGUGCCUCGGCUGCCUGUAUAGCUGCCACUGGAAGAAAAGCCCCCAAGAGAGGAUGCAAAUCAUUAAGUGCAACGACUGUUUCUGGUUUGGUCUGCUCUUCCUAACCUUCCUCCUCUCCCUGGGCUGGCUGUACAUCGGGCUCGUCCUUCUCAACGACCUGCACAACUUCAAUGAAUUCCUAUUCAAGCAGUGGGGAUGCUGGAUGGACUGGUCCCUGGUAUUCCUGCUGGUCACCUCUCUGCUGGUCACAUAUGCAUCCCUGCUAUUGCUCCUGGCCCUGCUCCUGCGACUCUGUGGCCAGCCUCUGCACCUGCACUGUGUGCACAAGGUGCUGCUGAUCUUCAUUAUACUUCUUGUGGUCGCUGGCCUCGUGGGACUAGACAUCCAGUGGCAGGAGGAGUGGCAUAGCCUACGUGUGUCACUGCAGGCCACAGCCCCAUUCCUUCACAUUGGAGCAGUUGCUGGCGUCACCCUCCUGGCCUGGCCUGUGGCUCGUACCUUCUACCAUAUCCACCAAAGAGGUCCCAAGAUUUUGCUACUGCUCCUAUUUUUUGGAGUUGCUCUGGCCAUUUACCUGGUCCCUUUAUGCAUAUCCUCACCCUGUAUCAUGGAACCCAUAGACUUACCCCGCAAGCCUGAGCUGGUGGGACACCGAGGGGCCCCCAUGCUGGCCCCUGAGAACACCUUGAUGUCCCUGUGGAAGACAGCAGAAUGUGGAGCUACUGUGUUCGAGACUGAUGUGAUGGUCAGUUCCGAUGGAGUCCCGUUCCUCAUGCAUGAUGAUCGCCUGAGCAGAACCACAGAUGUGGCCUCUGUGUUCCCAGACCGAAUCACUGCCCACAGCAGUGACUUCUCCUGGAAUGAACUGAAGAGACUCAAUGCUGGAGCCUGGUUCUUAGAGAGGCGAACUUUCUGGUGGGCCAAGCAGCUGUCAGACCGUGAUCGGAAAGAGGCUGAGAAUCAGAGAGUACCCACAUUGGAAGAGCUACUGAAGGAAGCUGCAAGCCUCAACCUUUCCAUCAUAUUUGACUUGCGCCGUCCCCCAGAAAACCACACAUACCAUGACACUUUUGUGAACCAGACAGUGGAGACUGUGCUGAAUGCAAGGGUGCCCCAAGACAUGGUCCUCUGGUUACCAGAUGACGAUCGAGCUAAUGUCCAACAGCGGGCACCGGGAAUGCGCCAGGUAUAUGGACAGCAAGGAGGCAACAGAACUGAGAGGCCUCAGUAUCUCAACCUCCCCUACCAAGACCUGCCACAGUUGGACAUCAAGGCACUGCACCAGGAUAAUACAUCGGUGAACCUAUUUGUAGUGAACAAGUCCUGGCUCUUCUCCCUCCUCUGGUGUGCAGGGGUGGAUUCAGUCACCACCAAUGACUGCCAGCUGCUGCAGCAGAUGAGUGGCCCUGUCUGGCUUAUUCCUCCUCAAACCUACCUAAUAACAUGGAUCAUCAUCAAUUGUGUCUCUGCCCUGCUGCUCUUGUUGGCCUUCCUCAGCCAAAGGACAUGUGCUAGUGAGGAAACGAGACCUGGUAAGAACUUUUUCCCUUUCACCCCAUUUUUCUCAUCCUCCAGGCUUCCCCUUGCUCACUCCAUAUAUGACCCCUUCUUCCACCCUCCCCAGGUGUAGAGACAGCAGUGCUGCUGACUGGGAUCAACAGU